AUGAUCCGCACAUCAGACCACAAGAAAGCCCGGAUCAUCACCGUGGUUGCGUGUACUGUCACUGCAUUGGCUUGCGGUUCCAAUUAUGGCUACUCCAUCUGGGGUCCCAGUUUCGCGUCUCGCCUCAAGUUGACGGCCACGGACAGCAAUCUUAUCGGAACCGUGGGCAACUUAGGGAUGUAUGCAUUUGGCAUCCCCUCCGGUAUGAUGGUCGAUGCCAAAGGGCCACGAUGGGGAGUCGCUUUGGGCAUUGUACUGUUCGCUGCCGGUUACUAUCCAAUUGCCAAAGCAUACGAUGCUGGCCCCGGACACUACAGCGUGGCACUGAUCUGUUUGUUCUCGUUCUUCACCGGCGCGGGAAGCUGCUCGGCCUUUACUGCAUCCAUCAAAGCAGCUGCCUUAAACUAUCCCGAGUCUCGAGGAUCUGCAACAGCAUUCCCGCUCGCGGCGUUCGGGCUGAGCGCUUUGUUCUUCGCUGCUAUCGCACAGUUACUGCCUGGCGGGACAUAUAACUUUCUCAUCCUUCUUGCUACGGGGACGGUUCUACUUCCUUUGCUUUGCUUUCCCUUCAUGCGUGUUAUACUUCCUCACAACUACCAUCACCUCCCUCAGCAUGAACGACAAGUCCUGCACCGGACGAGAUCUUCAGGGAGUCGCCAUCUUCCUUCUCUGGACGAACCAGGUGCGCCCCACACACGAAGCUCCAAGGCCCAGUCUUCAGUUGGCGGUGUCGACCAGCCCCAUGACCACGAAGCCAGCAAUGGGGACGAGGAAUCUUCCUUGCUCUCCAAAACUUCCAGUCAAGAACAAGACGCCGAAGACCUUGAAAGUUCAAAGCACAUCGAGUCUGACAGGAUUCAUGAAUCUCCGCAUCUAGACAUCCGAGGCUUCGCUCUCUUGCCCCAUGCAGAGUUUUGGCAAUUGUUCCUAAUGCUUGGGCUGAUGACGGGUAUCGGUCUUAUGACGAUCAACAAUAUCGGCAACGACGCCCAAGCGCUUUGGAAGCACUAUGACCCCUCCACUUCUGUGUCCUUCAUUGAAAGUCGCCAGGCGAUGCACGUUUCCAUUCUUUCCUUCUGCAGCUUCAGCGGCCGCCUCCUCUCAGGCAUCGGCUCCGAUAUUCUUGUGGCAAAACUGAACAGGUCCCGGUUUUGGUGCCUGUUUGCGUCCGCGCUGACGUUUUGUCUGGCACAAGUGGUGGCCACGGCCGUGUCUGAUCCCCAUUAUCUCAUGUUCGUGUCCGGCUUCACAGGUCUGGCUUAUGGGAUGCUGUUUGGGGUGUACCCGAGCCUUGUCGCACAUUGCUUCGGUGUCCAUGGGCUCUCGCAAAAUUGGGGAACCAUGACCCUGGCGCCUGUUAUCUCUGGCAACGUCUUCAACAUUCUAUACGGGAAGAUCUACGACGCCCAUUCGGUCCGGAAUGAAGAUGAGGGACAUAUGGAGUGUCUCGUCGGGAAGGAAUGUUAUAAAUCGGCAUACUGGGUGACUUUUGGUGCCUCAGUGCUUGGUGUGCUGUGCUGUUUGUGGAGCAUCUGGCACGAGAACGAAGUUCACAAGGCCAAAGGGAAAGAGGGCAAGGUCAGCAGAAGAUCGGACCAUGAAAGAGUGGCCUGA